ACACACUGCUCUCGCGCCGUUUGUGCUGUCUGUGUUUUGUGUUUUUGGUUCUGCCUUUUGAUUUCCUUAUUUUUAUUCGACCUGGACUGCCCCUGGACUUAUCUGAUAUUGAUUUUCUAUUGUGUGAAUACUAUAUUGCGUGCCCAAAGGACUCCGAUUCUGCUACACCCGACGACAUUGUGCUAUUCUCAUCUGGACUUCGAUUUGUGCCCUAAGAUUUUGGUCAACUUGUCACAGUAAUACUUAAAUCAGACACGAUGAGCGAUCGUGACAGAGUUACUCGCAUUAUGUGUAUCAACUGCAACAUAUGCGUUAAUACACUACGUCGAUACCGUGCUUUGGAACUUAACAUAAGAGUUACCACGUUACUCUGUAGCUGGGUGUAUCCACAAAUCAUUACCGAAGAUGAUUAUGUCUGUGAAGCAUGCAGAGAUCUUGCUAUGAUAAGUGUAAAUCAUAGUUUACAAGAAAUAUCUGGCAUUGAUGACCAACAACCUGGACCAAGUCACCGAGGCCAUGUUAGUGUAUGCCUUUUAUGUGGGUGCUCUAUUCUGCAAAGACAAAGUGACAGAAUAUUGAGAGAUAACCCUACGGACUUGCAUCAGUUGAUGUAUACCCUUAUUGAGAACAGGGUUGCUCCAAGACAGGUUACAGAAACUGAUAAGGUGUGUCACCCUUGUUGGUUGCGCACUCAAAGAGAGGCCCGUCGUACCCAUGAUGUCAACAGACCACAAUCUGCAAUUGAGGAGCCAUCAACAGCAGAUGAGCCUAUAUUAGCAGGGGUGCAGUCAUGUAUUUCAAAUGAGGAAGUGAGGCAUGCACCAAAUGGACUAACUUUACCAGACUAUAGAAGAGCAGCUAAUAACAACAAUCGUUGUGUUUUCAAGGAUUGUAACAGUACCACAUUGCAUGGAAUCAGUGACAAACUCCGUGCUGUAGUCCUGAGCAAUCACAACUACUACAUACCUAAACUAGCUCGUGUUUGCAGUGAACAUUUAAGUAGCAAUUUAUGGGAGACACUAUAUUAUUCUGCAAAUAGUUUGGACACUUUCACUGCAGACCAAGUACAACAUGUAUUUUCUUUUAUAAAGAUUAAUACAACAUUGGACUUUGAAAAUAUUUUUGAAAUGGAUGACAGAGUAUUCGAAUACUGGAUCGGACUUACUAAAGAAAAGUUCAACAGUAUAUUAGAAGAAGUUCCACGUAUAAAUGAAACACGAAAAGGAUGCUUGGGCCUAGCAGCACUUUUAAUGAAGAUGAGGACGGGGGAUUCAGAUGAAAGAAUUGCCACUUUAGUACAAGUGCCACGCAGAACAUUAGAGAAUGCAAUAGACAAAAUAAGAGAGAUUUUGCUCCAAGAUUUUGUGCCCCAAAACUUGGGAAUUUACCAGUUAUCACGAGAGCAACUGCUGGAGCACAAGUUAACAAUACCACAUGGCAUUUUUGGAAAUGAAAACAACACCAACGGUAUUGUAAUUUGUGAUGGAACAUAUAUAUAUAUAUAUAAAUAAAAGUUCAAACUACAUGUUCCAAAAGCAGAGUUACUCCCUUCACAAAUAUAGAAACUUAUUAAAACCAUUCAUGAUUGUCGCAUGUGAUGGAUAUAUUGUUGAUUGUUUUGGCCCAUACAAAGCAACUACAUCAGAUGCAGAAAUAAUGACCAAUUUGUUCAGUGAGGGUUCCGCCUUAAGAUCAUAUUUUAGAGAGAAUGAUAUAUUUAUAUUGGAUAGGGGAUUCAGAGACAGUAUAAGUUUUUUAGAAGGAUGUGGGUACAAACCAUAUAUGCCAGAAUCUUUAAUAGAAGGUGAACACCAACUCACUACUGCUCAAGCCAAUCGGAUUCGCUGUGUCACAAUUUGCAGAUGGGUGGUAGAGGCCGUGAAUGGUCAUUUUAAAAGAGAUUUUAAAUUAUUUCGACAAGAAUAUUUCCAUAGGUCUCUACCACACAUGAUGCAAAACUUCCAAAUAGCAGCGGCUCUGUUAAACAGGUUUGGUGUUCGCUUUGUAGAUAAUAUAUAUGCCACAGAAAUAUUAGAAAUAAUUAGGCAGCGAAUGAAUUUAGAAAAUAAUCUGGCUAAUAUGGUUGAAGCUCGAAAUAUGAACAGACGCACAUCCUACUUUCAAAGUAUUACUGCGGAUAGGAAUAAUAUUGUGUAUUUUCCAAUAUUAGAAAUGAGAGAUCUGAUUUUGUUCGCCCUGGGAACGUACCAAAUUCGACAAGCUCGCUCAUAUUACGGCGAGCAUGUGCGUUUCCAUGGCGGAUACAGAAUAGAAGUCUGUAGUGAGCAAUUUCAUUCAUCUGAAUACGAUCUUAGGGGUUCUGCAAAUGGAACUACAUUGAUUAGAGGCAGAAUUAAGUCAAGGCAUGUAACCCGGAGACAAUAUUAUGUAUAUAUUUUAUUAGAAAAUAAUAUACCUGGCCGAACAGGAAUCACAGAGUACUGCUGUAGUUGUUUAGUAGGUCGGCGCACAGUAGGCUGUUGCGCACAUGUCAUGACCUUAGUUUGGUAUUUAGGAUGGGCCAGACAUCAGCAACAUAUCUCAGCACCGGCAGAGUUUUUAGAUGGUGUAAUUGUUAGGGAAGAUGAUGAAGAAUAAAUGUUGUAUAAU